UUUUUUUUUUAGUUACAAACGAUACCCAAGAGUUAUACAAAUGGAUGCUUUACGACAAGACAUUGGUCAGUUACUUAUGUGUGGGUUUCAUGGUCUUGAGCCAACAGAUGGUAUACUUGAUUUAAUUAGGAAUCACAACUUGGGCUCCAUUAUUUUAUUCUCACGCAAUAUUGGCACCGCAGCUCAAGUACAGAAACUCAACCAUACUUUACAACAAGCAGCCAAGGAUGCAGGACACAAAAGACCUUUGUUUAUUGCUGUUGAUCAAGAAAACGGAGUGGUACGUCGCUUAGGAAAAAGUGGUACUUAUUUACCUGGUAAUAUGGCGUUAGGUGCAAUGAAUUCAACUACCAAGGCGCGACAAGUGGCACAAGUGACUAGCAAGGAAUUACUUACUCUUGGUAUGAAUUGGAAUUUAGCUCCUGAUAUGGAUGUCAACAACAAUGCUUUGAAUCCAGUGAUUGGUGUACGUUCUUAUGGUGAAGAACCUACUUUGGUUGGACGACUUGGUUUGGCGCAAGUGGAAGGAUAUCAAAAAGGUGGUGUGGCUACUAGUAUCAAGCAUUUUCCUGGUCAUGGUGAUACUGCAACAGAUUCUCAUUUAGGUGUUCCCGUGAUUGACAAAUCUUUACAAGAACUUCAACAAGUGGAAUUGGUACCUUUCAAGCAAGCUAUCGAUGCAAAAGGAUUAGCUCAACCUGCCUCCGUGAUGAUUGGUCACAUGUCUUUACCUCAGCUUAUCAAGAAGACACCCGGCAUUUCGGCAAGUCUAGCACCUGAAAUUGCAACAGAUCUUCUUCGUCAACGUCUUCAUUAUCGUGGUAUCAUCAUCACUGAUUGUUUGGAAAUGGAUGCUGUCAAGGACACAGUGGGUUGUGGUCGCGGUGCAGUACUCGCUCUAGACGCUGGCAAUGAUAUGGUCAUGAUCUCUCAUACUUAUGAAUUCCAAAAGGACGCCUUUUCUCAAAUCUAUCAAUCUCUCGAAAGUAAUGGCUUGGACCAAGAUGCUCUUCGGCAAUCUGUGCAACGUGUGAAUGAUCUCAAAGACAAGUAUCUCAGUUGGGAUGAUGUAUUGACUCUCAAGCCCUUGGAUACUGUUGGUUGUGUGGCUCAUCAAGAUCUUAGUCGCCGGUUAUAUGAUGGUGUACCUACUGUGAUUUCCAACAAAUCUCAAGUUAUUCCUAUUCAUCCUGCCUCUGAUCAAGCAAAGAUAUUAUUCUUAGCCGCCCAUGUUCCAAUGACCCUUGCUAUUGAUUCUGAAGCUGAACCUUUUCAAUCCUUUUAUGAAUCAAUCAUGCGACGUCAUGCCAAUACCGAAUAUAUUAUUUACAGCCAAGACAACAUGAAUCAACUUUUCGCCGAUGACAAAAAAAUUCAACAAGCCGAUUAUGUGAUUGUAGGAACAGCCAAUGCCAAUCUUCAUCCUUUCCAAGUGGAAUUGGUCAAGCGUGUACAAAAAGUAGCAAAUCACAAACUGGUAGUGGCUGCCGUGAUCAAUCCUUAUGAUUUGAUGGAAUUUCCUGGUGUGGAUACCUAUAUGGUGACAUACGAAUACACUCCUCCUGCACAUGAAGCCGCUGUGCGUAUCAUCUUUGGUGAAAUUCAAUCUCAAAGUCAACUUCCGGUCACUAUUCCUGGCAUUACAACAACAACAACAACAACAACAACAAUAGAAACUGUGGACAACAAACAUGUCAUGAUACAACAAUAUGAUGAAACAGAUGACUUGGAUCAAGUAUUUGGUAUAUGGACAAACACAUUUGCAAAGAAAGGCUGGCCUUUGGACAAGACAAAGAUGCGACGAGUAUUGACGAAUCCAACUACACAACCUGUUCAUUUUGUAGCUCGAACAACACAUAGCAAUCAAGUGGUAGGAUUUGCAGCAACCAUGAUUGGUGGUGAUGAAGGCAAGGACGGACAGUUGGCACUUUUGAUGGUGGAUCCUGCAUAUCAAGGACAUGGUAUUGGGAGCAAAUUACAUGAUACGGCACUGGAACAUCUUCGAUCACAUGGAGCCACGGCUACUCUUCGAUUGGGAUCCAAUUAUCCUCGUUUCUUCUGUGGAUUGCCAAGCACACACGACGAAUAUGCAGAUUUUUUUAUACAUCGAGGAUGGCAAAUAGCGACGACACAAGUACAUGAUCUGAUGGGUGAUUUGACCGGAUACAAGACAGCUGAUCGAUUGGUACAACGCAUGCAACGAGAAAAGAUCUGGUUUGGACGCAUUACUCCCAAGGAUUUAUGGCAACUCUUCGCCUUCCAACAAAAAUACUUCCCUUAUUGGUUAUCAACAUACAAGCAUCAUGCUGAUGUAGGCGAUUUCCAAGACUUGUUGGUGGCUCGACAAGGAAAUGCUGAUGGACGGAUCCUGGCUAGCACGAUUAUCUAUACAACGAAUGGAUCUCAUGAACAACGUGCAGAUUUGAUUUGGACUGAUCCUGAUUUGUUUGGACAACAGAGUGGAGGUAUGGCUUGUGUUGGUGUGGCAAGUGAGGAACGUGGACGAGGGAUCGGAUUAGGGAUGGUUGCUUAUGCCAAUCAAGUGUUAGCUCAACGUGGAGUGGUCAAGUCAUAUGUCGAUUGGGUUGAACUCUUGGAUUUUUAUGCUCUUUUGGAUUAUACCACCUGGCGUAGUUAUCGUACUGUUACAUGUUAGAUUUAUCAUAUUAUAAAAUAAAAUUUGGGUAUUAUUUAUAAUUCUCCGUA